CGUUAGCUUUUGUGUCAGAAUGCUGUCUGCAGAGUGUCGCUGUGUGUCCGUUGUUUCUGGCUGAGGGUAUCCGGUACCGGGUGGCUUUAAUGUUCCGUGCAGCUAAUCUAAAAACCAUCGGCAAAACGGGAACUGGCUGGCACUUUCGCCGGACGAUGGACGAGCUGGUCCACGACCUGGUGUCAGCGCUGGAGGAGAGCUCAGAGCAGGCAGCUCGCGGUGGUUUCGGCGAUGGAGGGGACCACGCUCUGGCGGUGGGCUGUCUGCUGAAGAGGCAGGCUCGGAAACGGAGGGGCAGGAAGCGGCGCUCCGACAACCCGCAUCCGCCGUGGGAGACCGGGCACCUCAGCGAGGGCUCAGAGUCCAGCGUGGAGGAGCAUAAGGACUACCGUGCCAGUACCGGAGGCGUCUCUGCUGCCAACAGCCAUGCCCGCGAUAACAGCGACUCGGACGAACAGCUCGGACCCAAACGCCGAAACCCCCACACGGCUGAGAUCGGCCGGAGCAAGAGGCCGCUGUGGCCGGACGACCUGGGCGUGCUCGGGUCAGCGGAGGGAACUCGCAGCCUCAGACGGCGACGUAAAGUCAAACGUAUGGCCGUCGACCCGCCCGCAGAACCAGAACCUCCCUCCUCCACCAUGCUGGGGCCGCCGCCGGUACCCAAAGCCCGGGUGGGCGGGCGGCCGCACAGACUGGGUCCGAGCGAGGGCAGGGGUCCCAUGGAGUUGUGUGGAGGGGGGCUGCUGGGGUCUGGAGGAGGGAAGAACCGGGUGAAGAAGAGGAAGCUGGCCUCCCACAGACUGGGGCUGGAGGCUGCAGAUGAAGGGGUGGUGGUGGAGAGCGAAGACCCCGUCUCCUCCCCCAUGGAAGGCUCCAAGGACAAGAUGGAGCUGGAGGAGCCGAAGGGCUCGGAUGAGGACAUGAGUGACAGGUGUGAGACCAGCAGCGUCAGUAACAGCAGCGACGGAGGCCUCUACACCAACGACGAGGGGAGACAAGGAGACGACGAGCAGAGCGACUGGUUCUACGAGGGCGAGCCGGGCUCCGGUUCAGCACCCGGUGGGGCCUGUGGGAUAGCAGGAGUGGUCCCCUGGUGGGAGAGGGAGACCGGAUCAGAGGAGCUGGACCUGGCCGACCCGGUCUUCAACAGCAUUCUCACCGGGUCUUUUCCACUCAUGAGUCCCGGAGCACAGAGAGGCUUCCAGGCCAGGUUGAGUCGUCUCCAUGGAAACCAGCAGGGAUCCGACGCGGGGCUGCAGGGAAGCUCGGGUCAAGGCUUCAGCGAGAGACUGGGCCGCCAGAGCCAGGACGCCCACGAGCCUUGGUUCAGCUCCGGCUCCAGGAGGGAACACGGACAGCUGCACUGGGACCCUCGAACCGACCGAGGACAUCGGAGGAGCUGCUCGGUUAAAACGGCGAGCAGACAGACCAGCGGACACCUCGGCUCUCUCUGCACGGGAGACGUGAAGCGACGGCGGAAAGCUGCCCCCCUCGGCUCCACCGCCCCCUCAGGCGUGGUCGGGGAGAACGCGCCGCCCAUCCCCGACAACAACAUGGGGAGUCGGAUGCUGCAGAGCAUGGGCUGGAGUCCGGGGAUGGGUCUGGGCCCGGAGGGGCGGGGCAUCACCGAGCCCAUCAGAGCCACCCAGAGACCCAAAGGCACCGGUCUGGGCUUCAACUGAACCGGUUCUGCAUCCUGAAGCUGAAACGCCCUCAAAAAAUCAAAACAAAAACAGAGAGGAAGUCCUCCUUUAAAAACAGAACAGUCCAGGUGGAGGGAGGCGGCGAGGGUCGUCAUGGCGACAGAGCGAUGGAGGAGGAGCUUUCCCAUAUUGGGGAAGCAGCAGGAAGCCCGGCGGACUCCUGAGCUGCAGGAAAAAGGCUUCGACAAACUCCACGUUGGAGAAACAAACGCUGCCGACGGUUUACAGCGGCCCAGUCGAUUCGUCAACGGUUCAACGAAUCAACGCUUCGAGUACCUCAGACACGUUCAGGCUCCCGAGCAGGGACCCGCUCUCAUGGAAGGAGCCAUCAGGAGGCUUUUAUUAUGGAAACCUGAACUUUCCCUUUACGUAGCAGCUGAGAAAACACACGUCUGUCGUGUUCAUCCAGAUUUAUUUAAGGUUCUCAAACAGCUGCUGCAGCAUUCAGACGACUGUAACCGACUUCAUCUACAGUAUGAGACGACACGACGAGUUACAGGAGAACGUUUCUGUCAUUGGUCACGUUUAAAGGUCCUACAAACCUGUGGUUAGUCGUGUUUUCACUUCAUCUGCAAAUACAGACUCUGGCCUCGUCCACAUGGGCACACAUUGUUUAACGGUCAACACAACCGAAACGAGUUGUUUGGUUUUGGACCAACAAGACAUUUCAGGAAACAGUUAAAGUAAUCAUCAGUUGCAGCCCUUUAAUGAACCUUCAUCAAACCAAACUCCAUUAAAAAAAGCUUCAAUUUAAAGCCAGAAUCAGGAUGAAUUUCUGUCACUAAUUUCAAGUAAUUAAAAAAAAAAAAAAAAA